AUGCAGUCAGGACAGGACAUUGAGCAACGAAUAGCUGCGAUUCAUGAUGCUCUCGAGGGAGUCAAAGUGCAGCUGGCCUCUUACGAGAGCGCCGCUAAGCACUUCCAUGGAAGUGAUCGUCUUGAAGACAAGGCGAAUCUGACGGUUGCGCACAAUGCCCUAGUCGUGGACGCCACGAGGCUCCUCCAGACGGUCCGUGGACCGAUGGAUGCCCUAUUCGAGUACUCUGAGAAAGGCGCGCAAGCCGCCGCCAUUAGGACUCUUCUCGCCAUGGGAGCGUUUGAGAAGAUCCCAGUCGACGGCACGAUUACCGCCACCAAGCUCGCGGAAGCCCUCAACGUUGACAAAGAAUUGCUCGUUCGUCUGAUGAGGGCUGUGACCGUCGUCGGUCCUUUUAAAGAGGUGGCCGAGGAAGAAUACGCCCAUACCCCAUUCUCGGAAAUCUUUUUGUCCCCGCAUGCUCGAGGAAUGUUCACUCUUUGGACGGAUAAUAUCCUCCUCCCGUGGGUCAAGCUCCCCGAGUUCUUUGCUACCUCGGGGUGGAAGAACCCUUCUCAGGAGAGAAACAGCCCAUACACGUACGGACACCAGACCGGGGGGAAAACGGUCUUUGAGCACAUGGCGCAAUACCCCGAACGGGUGAAAGCCCUGAACCUCGGUAUGGCAGCGCAGUCCGAGUCGAGCAUGUGGUCGGUCGACAUUAUGGAUUUCCGGGCCCUGUUGAGUCAAUACCAGACGAGCGACGACAGUGUACUGGUGGUAGAUAUCGGAGGCGGCAAAGGACACUGCCUGCAAAGGAUCCACCAGCUGAUCUCUGAUGUGCCGGGUCGCCUGGUCCUGCAGGACCGUCCGGUGGUGCUUGCGGAGACCGACGACCUGUCCGAUUUCCGAAUCGAGAAGUGCGAAUACAACUUCUUCGAGCCGCAGCCCAUCAAAGGUGAUCUGACGGUCCCUCGCUUUUUAGGAGCAUAUAUUUACUACCUGCGGCGUGUGUUGCACAACUGGCCCGACCACAUCUGCGUCGAGAUUCUGAAGAACACGGCGGUGGCGAUGGAGCCCGGCAAGUCGCGAAUUGUCAUUGCGGAAUUUGUUGUCCCGCCGGUUGGAGCCAGCAUGGAGACGGCGUCGACCGACCUGGUCAUGAUGACGAUGACAGGGGCUCAGCGCACGGAGAAGCAGUGGCAGCAGCUUCUGGAUGCAGCUGGCCUAAAGCUGGAGAAGACAUACACGGCUCCCGGCACCGACUACGGAGCGGUUCAAGCAGUGCUCAAAUAG